CUGCGUUUGCUGGGAGAGCAGGAGAGGGAGCGCGCGUUCUGGAGCAGGCUCCUCUGACUCCGACCACAGGCUGUUUUGUGCAGGCUGUCCCUCUCCUUCGAAAUCAAGCAUCCCCUCCCCGAAGCAGCAGGCAGUGUGCCUCCAUUCGGCCACAUUUGGUAUGCAUGAGCACGGCUGCAGGGAGAGGGGAGGUGGCUUUCUUAAGAAGGUUCAGGGGCUCAGGGAACGCCACUUGACUAGACUCCCAAGUUCCAGGAAGCCUCUGCCCUGAUGGAAUUUGCAGGUGUAGAGAUGACCAUGGGCUGCCAGAGCCGUGGGGGACCGUUUAUUUUCUAGGCACUGCCCAGCUUUGCAGUUUCUUGUCUUCCCGGUGGAAUUUGGAAGGGGUCAUGAAUCAGACUGAUGCUUCUCGACCCCUAAACUGGACCAUCCGGAAGCUAUGCCACGCAGCCUUUCUCCCAUCUGUCAGACUUCUCAAGGCUCAGAAAUCCUGGAUUGAAAGAGCAUUUUAUAAAAGAGAAUGUGUGCACAUCAUACCCAGCACCAAAGACCCCCAUAGGUGUUGCUGUGGGCGCCUAAUAGGCCAGCAUGUCGGACUCACUCCCAGUAUCUCUGUGCUUCAGAAUGAGAAAAACGAGAGCCGCCUCUCCCGAAAUGACAUCCAGUCUGAGAAGUGGUCCAUCAGCAAACACACACAGCUCAGCCCAACAGAUGCUUUUGGGACCAUUGAGUUCCAAGGAGGCGGCCAUUCCAACAAAGCCAUGUAUGUCCGGGUAUCUUUUGAUACGAAGCCUGAUCUCUUGCUGCACCUGAUGACCAAGGAAUGGCAACUGGAACUUCCCAAACUUCUCAUCUCUGUGCAUGGAGGCCUGCAGAACUUUGAACUCCAGCCCAAACUCAAGCAAGUCUUUGGGAAAGGGCUAAUCAAAGCCGCCAUGACAACCGGAGCGUGGAUCUUCACUGGAGGGGUCAACACAGGUGUCAUUCGUCAUGUUGGAGAUGCCUUGAAGGACCAUGCAUCUAAGUCUCGAGGGAAGAUAUGUACCAUAGGUAUCGCCCCCUGGGGAAUUGUGGAAAACCAGGAGGACCUGAUUGGAAGAGAUGUAGUCCGGCCAUACCAGACCAUGUCCAACCCCAUGAGCAAGCUCACCGUUCUCAAUAGCAUGCAUUCCCACUUCAUUCUGGCUGACAAUGGGACCACAGGAAAAUAUGGAGCAGAGGUGAAACUCCGCAGACAACUGGAAAAGCACAUUUCACUCCAGAAGAUAAACACAAGAUGCCUGCCGUUUUUCUCUCUUGACUCCCGCUUGUUUUGUUCAUUUUGGGGUAGUUGCCAAUUAGACCCAAUUGGAAUCGGUCAGGGGGUUCCAGUGGUGGCGCUCAUAGUGGAAGGAGGACCCAACGUGAUUUCAAUUGUUUUGGAAUACCUUCGAGACACCCCUCCUGUACCAGUCGUGGUCUGUGAUGGGAGUGGACGGGCAUCUGACAUCCUGGCCUUUGGGCAUAAAUAUUCAGAAGAAGGAGGCCUUAUCAAUGAAUCUUUGAGGGACCAGCUGUUGGUGACAAUACAGAAGACCUUCACGUACACUCGCACCCAGGCUCAGCACCUGUUCAUCAUCCUCAUGGAAUGCAUGAAGAAGAAAGAACUGAUCACGGUUUUUCGAAUGGGAUCAGAAGGCCACCAGGACAUUGAUUUAGCUAUCCUGACAGCAUUACUCAAAGGAGCCAAUGCAUCCGCCCCAGACCAACUGAGCUUAGCUUUAGCGUGGAACAGAGUUGACAUCGCUCGCAGCCAGAUCUUUAUUUAUGGGCAACAGUGGCCGGUAGGGUCCCUGGAGCAAGCCAUGCUGGACGCCCUAGUCCUGGACCGAGUGGAUUUUGUGAAAUUACUCAUAGAGAACGGAGUAAGCAUGCACCGUUUUCUCACCAUCUCCAGACUGGAGGAACUGUACAAUACGAGACAUGGGCCCUCAAAUACAUUGUACCACUUGGUCAGGGAUGUCAAAAAGCGAGAGUAUCCAGGUUUCGGUUGGAUCUAUUUUAAGGGAAACCUGCCCCCAGACUACAGAAUCAGCCUCAUAGACAUUGGCCUGGUGAUCGAGUACCUGAUGGGCGGAGCCUACCGCUGCAACUACACACGCAAGCGCUUCCGGACCCUCUACCACAAUCUUUUUGGCCCCAAAAGGCCCAAAGCCUUGAAACUGCUGGGAAUGGAGGAUGAUAUUCCCCUGCGGAGAGGAAGGAAGACAACCAAGAAGCGCGAAGAGGAAGUGGACAUUGACUUGGAUGACCCUGAGAUCAACCACUUUCCAUUUCCCUUCCAUGAGCUGAUGGUGUGGGCUGUCCUCAUGAAGAGGCAGAAGAUGGCCCUGUUCUUCUGGCAACAUGGAGAGGAGGCCAUGGCCAAAGCCCUGGUGGCCUGCAAGCUCUGUAAAGCUAUGGCUCACGAGGCCUCUGAGAACGACAUGGUUGAUGACGUUUCCCAGGAGCUGAACCACAACUCCAGGGACUUUGGCCAGCUGGCUGUAGAGCUCUUGGACCAAUCCUACAAACAGGAUGAGCAGCUGGCCAUGAAACUGCUGACGUAUGAGUUGAAGAACUGGAGCAAUGCCACAUGCCUGCAGCUGGCUGUUGCUGCCAAGCACCGUGACUUCAUUGCACACACGUGCAGCCAGAUGUUGCUUACCGACAUGUGGAUGGGACGGCUCCGCAUGCGCAAGAACUCAGGCCUCAAGGUAAUUCUGGGAAUUCUACUUCCUCCUUCAAUUCUCAGCUUGGAGUUCAAGAACAAAGACGACAUGCCCUACAUGACUCAGGCCCAAGAAAUUCAUCUCCAAGAGAGGGAGCCAGAGGAACCAGAGAAGCCCACAAAGGAAAAAGAAGAAGAGGACAUGGAACUAACAGCCAUGUUGGGGAGAAGCAAUGGGGAGUCGUCUAGAAAAAAGGAUGAAGAAGAAGUGCAAAGCAGGCAUCGGCUAAUCCCCGUGGGCCGAAAAAUCUAUGAGUUCUACAACGCACCCAUUGUGAAGUUCUGGUUCUACACCCUGGCAUACAUCGGAUACCUGAUGCUCUUCAAUUACAUCGUGCUGGUGAAGAUGGAGCGCUGGCCUUCCACUCAGGAAUGGAUUGUCAUCUCCUACAUUUUCACCCUGGGAAUAGAGAAGAUGAGAGAGAUUCUGAUGUCGGAGCCGGGCAAGCUGCUGCAGAAAGUCAAAGUAUGGCUGCAAGAGUACUGGAACGUCACAGACCUCAUUGCCAUCCUUCUCUUCUCGGUGGGAAUGAUCCUCCGUCUCCAAGACCAGCCCUUCAGGAGUGACGGAAGGGUCAUCUAUUGUGUGAACAUCAUUUAUUGGUACAUCCGUUUGCUAGACAUCUUCGGCGUGAACAAGUAUCUGGGCCCAUACGUAAUGAUGAUUGGGAAAAUGAUGAUAGACAUGAUGUACUUUGUCAUCAUUAUGCUGGUGGUGCUGAUGAGCUUUGGGGUCGCCAGGCAAGCCAUCCUCUUUCCCAAUGAGGAGCCAUCUUGGAAGCUGGCCAAGAAUAUCUUCUACAUGCCGUAUUGGAUGAUUUAUGGGGAAGUGUUUGCAGACCAGAUAGACCCUCCCUGCGGACAGAAUGAGACUCGAGAGGAUGGCAAGACAAUCCAGCUGCCCCCAUGCAAAACAGGAGCAUGGAUUGUACCAGCCAUCAUGGCCUGCUAUCUCUUGGUGGCGAACAUCCUUCUGGUCAACCUCCUUAUUGCUGUCUUCAACAACACAUUUUUUGAGGUAAAGUCGAUAUCCAAUCAAGUAUGGAAAUUUCAGAGGUACCAGCUCAUCAUGACUUUCCACGAGAGGCCAGUUCUGCCUCCACCGCUCAUCAUCUUCAGCCACAUGACCAUGAUAUUCCAGCACGUGUGCUGCCGGUGGAGAAAGCACGAGAGUGACCCGGAUGAAAGGGACUACGGCCUGAAACUCUUCAUAACUGAUGACGAGCUCAAGAAAGUGCAUGACUUUGAAGAGCAGUGCAUAGAGGAAUAUUUCCGAGAGAAGGACGAUCGCUUCAACUCGUCCAACGAUGAGAGGAUACGGGUGACGUCAGAGAGGGUGGAGAACAUGUCCAUGAGGCUGGAAGAAGUUAAUGAGAGGGAACACUCCAUGAAGGCUUCACUCCAGACUGUGGACAUCCGGCUCGCACAGCUGGAGGAUCUUAUCGGGCGCAUGGCCACAGCCUUGGAGCGACUGACUGGUCUGGAGCGGGCAGAGUCUAACAAGAUCCGCUCAAGGACCUCCUCAGACUGCACAGAUGCAGCCUACAUAGUCCGCCAGAGCAGCUUCAACAGCCAGGAGGGGACUACCUUCAAACUUCAAGAGAGUAUAGACCCUGCAGGUGAGGAGACCCUGUCCCCAACUUCUCCAACCUUAAUGCCCCGUAUGCGAAGCCACUCUUUCUAUUCGGUCAAUGUGAAAGACAAAGGUGGUAUAGAAAAGUUGGAAAGCAUUUUCAAAGAAAGGUCCCUGAGCUUACACCGAGCUACUAGCUCCCACUCAGUAGCAAAAGAACCCAAAGCUCCUGCAGCCCCUGCAAACACCUUGGCCAUUGUUCCCGACUCCAGAAGACCAUCGUCAUGCAUAGACAUCUAUGUCUCUGCCAUGGAUGAGCUCCACUGUGAUAUAGACCCUCUGGAUAAUUCCAUGAACAUCCUGGGGCUGGGUGAGCCAAGCUUUUCAGCUCUAGCACCUUCCACAGCCCCUUCAAGUAGUGCCUAUGCAACCCUUGCACCUACAGACCGACCUCCAAGCAGGAGCAUUGAUUUCGAAGACCUUACUUCCAUGGACACUAGAUCUUUUUCUUCCGACUACACCCACCUCCCAGAAUGCCAAAACCCCUGGGACACAGACCCUCCAAUGUACCAUACCAUCGAGCGUUCCAAGAGUAGCCGCUACCUAGCCACCACGCCCUUCCUUCUGGAAGAGGCCCCCAUUAUAAAAUCCCAUAGCUUUAUGUUUUCUCCUUCAAGGAGUUACUAUGCCAACUUUGGGGUGCCUGUGAAAACAGCAGAAUACACAAGUAUUACAGACUGUAUCGACACAAGAUGUGUCAAUGCCCCCCAAGCGAUAGCUGACAGAGCCACCUUUCCUGGAGGUCUCGGAGACAAAGUAGAGGACUUAUCUUGUUGCCACCCUGAGCGAGAAGCAGAGCUGAGCCAUCCUAGCUCCGACAGUGAGGAAAAUGAGGCAAGAGGCCGGAGAGCUGCCAAUCCGAUAUCCUCUCAGGAGGCUGAAAAUGCAGACAGAACCCUAUCCAACAACAUCACAGUUCCCAAGAUAGAGCGCGCCAACAGCUACUCAGCAGAGGAGCCAAGCGCGCCAUAUGCACAUACCAGGAAGAGCUUCUCCAUCAGUGACAAGCUUGAUAGACAGAGGAACACCGCAAGCCUACGAAAUCCCUUCCAGAGAAGUAAGUCCUCCAAGCCGGAGGGCCGAGGGGACAGCCUAUCCAUGAGGAGACUGUCGAGAACAUCGGCUUUUCAUAGCUUUGAAAGCAAGCACAAUUAAACCAUCUUACCAUGUGUUGCAGGAGGCUCGAGAAUCCAGCACUAAAAUUCUCCCCAAUGUCCACCUUGUUCCCCCUUCCUUGAGUUAUACCUGCUUUAUUCUUAGCUGAACAAAACAGUGCUUGGGAGACAUUAACUCAAAGGUAACCUCUGGGCCACAGAUCAAGCAAGCAUUCCAUCCGGCCCAGUGCCAAACACAGGGGGUUAAGGCAUGUUCACACUUGUCGGGCAGGGACGGGUAAAGAAGCCAGAAAGGGGUCAGAGAUGAAUGUGUGUCACCAGGCACCACAGAAAGCCAUGAGCUCUGGGGUGCAAAUGUGCUCAGGCACUCUCAUGCCAGCAGGCAUUUUGGGAUUUCUGCCCUGUUAUCAAGAGUUGAGGAGACAGGGCUAAAUUGCAAAAUGAAAUAAAAGUAGCCAGCAUACGAGAUGAGAUAUUCUAAAUUUCAAUUCUGUUUUCUUUUCACAUUGGUUCCAUCACUGGUGACUGAUGAAGAGCAUCCUUUUUAUUCAGUAUAAGCCGGCAGCAAGCAGUUCUACCUAACGUCCCACAUCCUUCUCAUGCCAACACUUCUGUAAUUGGUCAUUAUAAAGAAAAUCAAGGUAACAGUCAUAUAUACGGUUCACCUGUCUCUUCUAUAUUCACUUCUGGUGCCACAACUGUUUUAUCUCUUUAGAAGAAAAUAAGGAAACAGAAAAUGCCUUUUUUUUUUUUUGAAAGAAGAAUUGAUGUUGAAAGCAAAAGUCAUAUGAUUUAUAAUAUACCAUGAGCAAUCAAGUAUAGCCAAGUAAGCUCAGAAUGAAUGUAAUUAGAUAAUUUUAUAUUUUUAAGUUAUUUUGUAUCUCACCUGUCAUCAAUGAAUUCAUCCAUCGAGUAUGUAAUAUUGAACUUUAAGAAAAAAAAGUGGGAAGAUCUACCAUUAACUUGCCAGUGGGCUACUGUUACCGUCUCACCAGUCAUCGUGUGUGUGAUGCAGCUGUGUGGCCUUCAUCAUUUGCAUGUCUCCACUACGUCCUCUGAACACCUCCAAGAUGUAACUGCCAAAUUUCCACACCACUCAUCACGUGACCAUUUUGUAUUUGAACAUAUGGUUAAAUGUGGAUAUUUUCAUACCUAGAGUUUAGCCAUCUAAUCUGGGCUCAGCAUAAACUUCAUCAGAGUUUUUCAAGGGCUGGUAUCUUUUUUAUGGAAAUGUUCCAAAGUACUUUUUAAGGAAGCUUAAAAACCAUAAAUAACCUUAGACUUGACUAGGGGCUUGAUAUCAACCCAAAGCCAUCAGUUGCAGGCAGACCAAGAAUAUGUUUCUUAUCUACAGAGCUAUAAAAAAGAUACAGUAGGCAGAAAUAGAAAGCAAAUAUACCACAUAGGAGUUCUAUAGUUUAUGCUGCUUACAUAUACAUCCACAUACACAGACUUAUGUUUGUAUAAAGUAUAUAUACAGACACAGAGAUUUCUUAAGAAGCUUUGGCUUCCUGUCAUCUGAAGGUAAAACCAAGAUUAUUUUUUAGUAUUCAAGAAGUUUCGCUAGAAAAAGUUCAUUGCACUAUUGGACCCACCGAUGAAAUUAUACUUUCAAAAAAAAAUCUCUGUCAUCUUAAUCAAAAACUGUCAAACUGGCUUGCCCCUACCCUCUGACUCCUCCUGUUUGGAAGCACCCACUGUCAAGACAUCUCCUUCACUCUGGUUUCUCUGAUGCAAAGCUAUUACCUCCAAGUGCAAUCUGAAUAGAUGUGUGACUCUAAGCCAGUUUAUAUUAUAUGAUCUAGAAUGGAGGCAUAAGCUUCGAGAUUAGAAUCUGGAUUUGAAGUGGGAUCUUGACCACAAAACCCUGGAUUCCUCUUUGGAUCACUGAACAUUUAUACAUAAUGAAGUCUUUAAGAAAAGUGAUUUGGAACUAGG